AUGUUGAUUUUAUAUUUGAAUAGAUUUUUGUACAUUUUAUCAUUUAUUGAAUUGUAUAUUAUAUUUGUGCAAUGUCUACCAAUUCAAGAAAAUCAAUUGUUUUCUGAUCAAUCAUUAUCUUCAACAAUUUUGCACACUACAACUCAAUCAAAUUCUUUGUUUAAAUCAACAACUGGCUCAUUUAAUGAUUUAUGGAAAGAUAAUCCGACGCCAGUGAUUGGAAGAGUAAUUUGGUGUGUUAAUGAAUCUAAACAGAAAUGGUUACGUUUAGAUAAAUCCAGAAAUCAAAAUGACAACAGUAAUAAUAAUAACAAUAGUAAUAUAACUAGUAAAAAUUUAAUUUUAAUUAAUUCUGGAAAAUUCCACUGUCCACAACCGAAUCAAUCGGAAGAUAUGAAAUAUUGUUGUGGACCGUUAGGAAAACAAAUAUGCUGUAAAAUAACAGACACGCCAGGCUUAAGAUGGGGUAUACCACUUGGAGUAAUUGUCACGAUAAUCGUAUUUUUAACAGUUAGUUAUACAAUUCAAGUAUUUCGAGCAUGUGAUCGAUGUUACCAUGAAUGUCCUAUAUUCACACCGGCCUCUGAUGAUGCCGAAUUCCAAUGGGAUACACGUUGGUAUACUGUAUCACAUGAAGGUAAUCGAUACGGUGUAACAUUUCAUAGUCGAAUAUUUGCCAAUGAAUUUAUGAAAUGUUUAGAAGCUGAAUAUGGUCGAUGGAAUACAGCCAACAUAUUAAAAAUACAAAGAGAUGGACAAAAUUUUGUUAUUCUAAAUAUAUUUUUUCAUGAUCUUUUCACUCCAUGGUUUUAUACACAAGGACCGAUUAAAAAUGAUGAAGAAUGGAUACGAACAGAUUUUAAAAAUAUUUGUCAUACAGUACAAGCUCGAUUGGCUGUGAAUCCUAGAUUCAAAUGGAAAUUGAAUAAACUGUUUAAAAAUUCAACAGAUAAAACAUCAAAACAAACAAAUCAACCAUCAAUCAACAUAAAUCCAUCAGAACUGAUCAAUUCGCAUUUAGACAAGAAAAGUAUUGACCAAUUAUCUAAUCCCAAUACUGUGACAACUCCAUGGAUACCAUGGACAAAAGUAGCUUAUAUUCCAUCGUUAACUGAGACAUCAGUUAAAAAACAUUUAGUACGUAAUACGAAUAAAAGUAAAUAUAGAAUGAAAAACGAGCAUAAAAAUAGUCAAUUAGUCAAUGUGAUUAUAUUAGAAGAUAUUAUUGAAUGUAAUGGUUUAGAUAAAGGUGUACAAACGCAUCAGAAACGAUUGCAAGCACAUAAAACAACUAUUGAUCCAGUUGUAUGAGACAGACAAUGUCAAAUGAAUGAAACAAUGAACAUGAUUAUGUGAUAUUUCAUAAGUAAUACGGAACAAUGUGUUUCUGUUCUGUACUACAAACAUUUACUGUUAGUGAAUGUUCUAG